AUGCAAUCCCCCCUUUUAGACCAUUGGAAGUCCCUCCCGAUAGAUAAAUAUGACGGGACCACUGACCCCGACAAGCACGUCGAUAUUUUCCUCACCCAAGUCACCUUGAGCACUACUGACGACGCCGCCCUAUGUCGUAUUUUCCCAACAUCCCUGAAAGGAAGGGCAUUGAGUUGGUUCACUCGUCUCCUGGCCAACUCGAUCGACUCUUUCAACACCCUGGCAUCCCGGUUCACCAUCCAGUUUGCCACCAGCCGACCCCACCAUCUGACUUCCCUUGCGCUGGUGAGCAUAAGGCAAGAGAAGAAGGAAUCCCUUCGGACUUUCAUGAGCCGAUUUAAUAAAGCGGCCCUUGAAAUUCGAGAUCUCAAUCCGGCUGUCGCCCUCCAUCAUUUGACCACCGCCUUGAAACCGGGACCAUUUUCCAACAGUAUCUGCAAAAAACCACCAACCGACAUGGACGAUUUGCGUCGGCGCGCCGAUAAGUACAUGCAGAUGAAGGAACUUGCGGAAUUUCGCAAUCAAGCCAGGGCCGAGGUGGCGGCCAAGACCGAGAAGCCUGCCGAGAGCUCUUACCGUAGCCGUCCUAAGGAUCUCGUCCCGAGGGACAAACCCAUUCGGGGACCACGGUACACUCAUUAUACUCCUUUGAACACUAGUCGAUCGGUUGUAUUAGACUAG